AUAAUAAUUUCAUGCGGUAAAUUUGUCUCCAUGCGACAAAACCCCUUCCCAUCCUCCACCCUCCGUGCUCGAGCUCUACGGGACGACAAUACCAUGAACUCCCUCCUACACCCAAACCCUAACCCUAACCUUAACCCUAGUUCCUUUUGCUUCUCUGCUGCAAGAAGAACGACCCUCUCGAACUUGACGAAUUGGAUCCCCUUCCGGCUUGGGGAGCGCCGGAUCGGCCUCUCCACCCCGAGGAAAGGCCGCCACCCGGCGGUGAGAUCUGCGGCGACGAUUGACGAGGCGGGGUUCCUGGAGGCGGACAUCCGGAAUCCGGCGAUCUCUACAUCGUACAGGCCGUCCAAGAUUCCGCAGCCCAAUCGGGUGGUGCUGGAAGCGCAGACGAAGGUCUGCACCGGGCCGGAGCAGACGAAGCCGCUCAGCCAGGAGCAGGCGGUAGUGGUUCUUGAUACAAUUCUGAGAUCAGCUAGGGGAGAACUUAAAAAUGAAGAAGUUUCCAAAGCACAACUUGGAGCCUUUUUUGCUGCAAUGACAAUACGAGCAAAUGCUUUUCCAGAGGCCACCCAGUGGAGUGAGGGUGAAAGACAUGCCAUGAGCAUAUUGUGGCCACGCCUUGUUCAGGUUCUUCCGCAAGAUGUAAUCUUUAUUGCUGAUCCUGAGGGCACAAUCAUGGGACCAUGUAGUUCAAUUGGGCCUCAUUUUGUUGGCCAUGGAGCUGCUGAGAUGAGACUGGUGGGUGCUCUAAGGGAGGUUUUGGCAGGUGGUCACUUAGGUUAUGAGGAGGUUCAGGGUGUCUUAAGAGAUGUUCUUCCAUUGAAUCCCGAGGAUGAUACAUCAGUAAAGGUCAGUGAGUCAUUGCUUGCAGCAUUUCUAAUCGGACAGAGGAUGAAUAGAGAAAUUGAUCGUGAGCUCAAAGCAUAUUGUCUAGCAUUUGAUGACGAACUAGGUUCCCCUCCUAUUGCUGAUGUUAGAUCCUUGACACACUAUGGUGAACCAUAUGAUGGAAACACACGUUUUCUUAGGAGUACAUUGUUUGUUGCUGCUGUGAGAGCUUGUUAUGAUGAAUCUUGCUUACUCCAUGGUGUUGAAUGGAUGCCACCCAAGUACAUCCUACAUGCAAUAAACUUCUCUGAGAUUUCUGGCUAUCAAGGUUUUCAGGGAGGAAUAACAGAAGGGCAGUUGCUGAAGUUUAUGGGAGCAAAUACAUAUUUGUCUCCUGCACAAGCAAAAACUUUGCUGGAGGAUGAAAAUAUUGGCUUUGCAUAUGUGAGUCAGCGGGAAGCUUGUCCAUCUUUAUAUUCCCUGAUUGGGCUCAGGGAGCACAUUAAAAAACGUCCACCAUUGGCAACUUCAGAGAAAGUUCAGCAGUUUGUGAGGGCACGUGGGAGGGAAUCUAUUGUCGCUGGAUUCUAUCAUGAGGGUUAUGAAGAUCCGCUGUUAAUGCUUAUGAGAAGAAGAAAAGUUCAUUCUGGAUUGGUGGUGAAGGGUGAGGAGGGUGCACUCUCAAUGACAACAAAGGUGAGAUCAGUAAAUGCAUCAAAAGGCCUUCCAGUGAACCACUGUUCUGGAUUUCGCUCGCCAAGCAAUGCAACUAACUCUGAUGUUGAUGGUAUGGACUUGACUUGUGGGGGUCUUCUUCACAACUUGGAUCUCCUGUUCCUAGUUCUUGAUGGAUUAUCAGAAAAUAAAAGAAUUUCACGUGAAAGCUUCAGUAUUGAGGUUAAUGCAAAGGAUUAUGGAUUUGAACCCACAGAUACUCCUAGAACUGAUAGAUCGGUUUUAAGAAACAUAGAGUUGGGCCUAGCAGCACUUGGUGGCGAGAAAGGACCAGCGUACGACCGGAUUGUUUUGAAUGCAGGCAUGGUUGAUCACUUGCUAGGCUGCAGUGGAGCUGGGGAUAUUAUGUCAGCUCUGGAUAGGGCUAGAGAAGCCAUUGAUAGUGGUAAAGCUUUGAACAGGCUCAUGAAUUACAUACAGGCCUCACACAAGGUCACAUGAUUUCCGUUCCUAGGGCUAGCUGCUUUUUGUUUGCAUGUCGUCCCCCCCCCCCCCCCCCCCCCAAGACUUCUGUUGUAAACAUCUGUAGAUCUGCACAGAACUAAAGUGAAACAUUUAGGAAUCGUCUAAUUCCUGCCUUCUCGAUACCCCCAAAAAACAAAGAUAGAAAUAGGAUUAGACGAAAUAAAAGGGUUAAAAAAGUGAAAGAAUCUGUUGUAGAGGCAAAUCGUGAGAGAGUCAUUGUUUUUUUAUUUUCUUUUCUUUCUUCGCUGUAUCUUCAUGAAGCAUAAUCUGAGAAACAUUGGGUUCUUGAUUUGACCAGCCUUUGGUUGCUUGUUUGUAAUUAUCCAAAUGGAUCAGAAAAUCAUGUUCAUGAUA